UCACCUGGGCCGAGACGCUCCAUCAGGUCCUCUCUCUAACCGCGACAGGAACAUCAACUGCCACCACGUGGUCCGCCUCCUGGGCGUCGUGGGCGACUACGCGCCCGUCUACGUGGUGAUGGAGCUGAUGGAGGAGGGCGACCUCAGGUCCUUCCUCAAGAGGCGCUCCAUCCCGCACUUCCAGCUGGUGGAGAUGGCGGUGCAGGCGGCGGACGGGAUGGCGUACCUGGCGGCGCAGAAGCUGGUGCACCGCGACCUGGCAGCCAGGAACUGCAUGCUCGACCACAACCUCACGCUCAAGGUCGGCGACUUCGGCCUCACCAGGAACCUCAAGUCGGACUACUACAGGAAAGAAGGCCAGGGCAUCCUGCCGGUGAAGUGGAUGGCGCCCGAGAGCCUGCAGUUCAGCGUGUACAGCACCCAGAGCGACGUGUGGAGCUACGGCGUCCUCCUGUGGGAGAUGGCCACCAGGGGCCUCACGCCCUACAAGAACCGCACCAACGACGAGGUGAUCCGCCUCGUGGUGGAGAAGUACGCCACCCUGGGGCGCCCCAGGGACUGCCCGGCGCCGCUGCAGAGGGUCAUGAGGCGCUGCUGGCGCUACGAGGCCAGGGAGAGGCCCAGCUUCCUCGCCAUCACCAAGUUCCUCCUCAAGCACACGUCGCCGGAGUUCCAGCAGCGCUUCGAGCAGGUGUCCUUCUACCACAGCCGCGCCAGUGACUACUCCAGGUACCAGAGGAGCGAGACCUGUGGCUUCAUGUCGGCGCGAGAGAGCGACGACGAGGAUUCGGACGACCUGACCUUGCACGCCUCCUCGGACCUCGACGACGUCGGAGCGGCGGAGAAGGACCCGAGCCAUCACAGGAGCCCCGACGGGAGUCCCCGAGCAAGGGCGAGCGAGAGGAAAGGGCGCAGGGGCGACGGAGGCGAGGCGAGGGCGCGGCGGGGCACCGCGGGAGCCGCAGAGGGGCGGGGAGCGUUCGGGGACCACAAGUACAUGAACUUCAGCUCCGACGAUCUGCGUCUGACCGCGUCCAGGCUGCUCGGGCGGAGGACGCAGACGCCCAGCGGCCUCGCGGACAGGGCUCUGCCGCAGCGCGCCCGUCUGCCCACGCUGGUGAUCCCGCAGGAGGACGAGGAGCUGCGCUACGCCCAGCUGCAGCUCCGGACGCCGAGCACGCCGGGCAGCGGGACCCUCACUCCGGCCAGCAACUCCAAGUCGGCCGCCAGCACUCCGCAGACGCCGGGACUCCUGUCGCCUGCGCCCCAGAUGCCCUGUGCGCCCGCCUCGCCCGCCCUCUCCCCCGCCUCGCCCGCCCUCUCCCCCGCCCCGCACCGCAGCCUCAGCCCAGGACCCUCGCCGCAUUCGGAACCCAGCCCGUCCCACGUCAGCCUCAGACCCAAGGCCUCUAAGGCAGUCCUGGAGACGCAGCGCACCUACUCGAACCUCCCUGCUGUCGGCUCGAGCCUCGAGCCCAGCAGGAGCGCCUUCGCCUCCUUCAGAGCGACGGCAAGAGAGGGCCUGGCGGCUCGUGCAAAUCGGCGGCCGGAGAGCGCGUCGGUCGGCGCUCUUCCGGCCACCGACGCGGACGCGAGGCCGGCGCUGACGUCGUCCACCAUCAGCGCCCCCGCCACGCCCGUCCUCACGCAGCACAGCGGGGCCGCCUCUCUCGACGCGGCUGCGCCAGGUGCUCCUUGCCCUACCGGGCGAAAGGACCCCCACAGACGGGGAAAUGUCCCCACCCUCAGGAAUUCCCGUUCAUUCCAGCAUUUCGUUGACGAAAGGCACGAGGCCUUUGGUGGAGGAGAUAUCGAUGCCUCAUGGCCAGAGGGACAAGGAGACGCCCGGGUCUACCGAUACGGCGGCGAAAGGGGGAGGGGAGUGCCUGCUGGAGGAGGACGACGACUCAGAUAGUUCACUGAGAAGUCUACACGAGGUUUUUGUGACUGUGACUCUCCCAAGAGCGCGUCGGAAAGCCAGAGACUUUUACGGUUAUCGGGCGAGUGAGGGACAUUCUCUGGAGGAUAUCGAGUUGCUGUGAGCUCUGGAUUUCCUUAUGGUCAUUCUUCAACUUUGCUACCUCCUACACAUAAACAGUGAAUGAAUGCUACUGUGAAAUACGUAAUUUAUUUUCUUCUCUUCAUCUGCAAAUUUUACCAAAGAUAUCGCUCACUAAGUGUAAGAGAGAUGUUGGUAUACGUUAAUCAAAGACAGAUGGCGGCUUUGUGAGGGCCCAUCGUUAUGAAGAGACAGAGGAAAGACAUAUUGACCCCUAAGUAAUCUAAAAUACAUAAAAAUACAUUGGCUGUUUAAUCAAGAUUAAGUGGAUAUGAUUCAAAGACAUUUCAUACAUUGGUUAUCUCGGUAAAAAUGUGAAUAUGAUCCACAGACUCAUUGCUGUCACAUUGGAGAUAUGAAAAGGACCUCAUGUUUUGCGUUUAAUUAGUGCCUGUGCAUGAUGACAUAAUAGUUCAAAUGACAAAAGAAACAGCUGGCUUCGAUGCAAAGAAUUUACUAGAAACUGAUUAUUUACACUUCUAUUUACACGCGUACACACAGGUAGUGUAUUAACCAUAUUACCUGUGAUAAAAAGAUGUUGCAAGUUUUCCGUGCAUUAAUUUAAACUGCUGGGACUUCAUGAACGAAAAGAGCAUUUCAUAGAGAAUCCUGAAUAAAAGAAAAGCGAAUAACCACACAAUUACUAUGAGAAUUAAAUGUACAUAUAAACCGUUACUUUUUGAUAUUGCUAUGAACGCUUAUUUUGCAUACAGCAUGGGUACAUGGAGAAGAAAAAACGAUAGUGUAUAGAAGAAAAAGAAUAUAUUUAUAGUAUUUACAAGAGAUCCGAAGAAAGAUUUUUUAAGGAUAACUGUAAGUCACGUGACAGUAGGUGACGAUGACCAACACGAGAAAAAGGUCAUUUGAGUCUCGAAAGGUGACGAAACAGAAUCACCAUUAUUACUCCGCCCAAAUAGAAAUAAAGAAUAAAAAAAUCUUUAUAAAACAUUGUCA